AUGCGGCCCAUCGGAGUAAAUGAAAAACAUGAGCAACUACUUUUGGACAAAAUUGCUGAAAAUCGUCGUAAACUCCGUCAAAAACUGACAACAAAGGUGGUAGUGCCAAAUUUCUAUCCAGGACACUGGCAGAAAAUUGAGCCCGGUGACAGAGUUCGUAUAAGCAAGUAUAAAAUGAUAUUUGACAAGGGCUACCUUCUGAAUUGGACAAACGAACUGUUCACAGUCACACGUGUAAGACCAACACUCCCUGUAACCUAUGAAUUGGAAGACUACCAUAAACAACCUAUAAAAGGAGGAUUCUAUGCUGAGGAGCUGUUAAAGACCACUGUGCCCGAAGUGUUUGAAAUCGAUAAAGUUAUAAAGAGACAGGGUAAUAAGCUGUUAGUUGGAAAGGUUAUGAUAAUAGUUAUAAUUCUUGGAUCAAUCGUUCUGAUCUGA